UGUGACUCCUCUCGCUGCUUGAAAGUCCAAGGAGCAGCGGUCGAUGCGUCGAUGCUGUUGGUAAAAUUGUUGAGGUCCUGAUCCGAACCGCCCCGUCUCAAUUCCUUGCUUGCCAAUGGAGGGCAAUGUGCUAAAAAAGACCCCACUACUCAGAGUAACAGUUACUGAUGAGAGCAGAGACGACCGAACGAACUACUGCCAGUGCAAGAAUCCAACAACGCAAUACAACACAGCCACACACGCAGUCUUUCCUACCAUCUUUUCGUGGCGGUAUCAAGAAGUGUGAAGAGUGUUCAUUCAAUUCUUAAUGCAUUUAUCCGAGCUAUAGCCUGGCUUGACAACGGAGACAAAGGGUCCUUGUAUACCCCGAACUCGAUUGAUUUCUACGAUUUCCUCCGACCACGUCUUACAGAUACUAAACUCGACCACUGAGGCGCCUCAGAAAGCCGUACUACUAGUAUUGGUUUUCUGAAGCUGGAUGCCAAUACUACUCGAGUGCAAUCCCAAGAGCUCCUACCGUACUUCCUUGGCCCCACUGUGGUGGUGCCUUUGCCAGCUGUGAUUCUUUCAAUCUCCCCCCAUCUACAAAUUGAAUUCACAGGAAGCUCUUUGAUUCUUGCACCAAGCAUUCGCUGCUCUGCCUCUUAAUCAUCACAUAACUUGGCUUAUUGAUCAAAGCAAUCGGCAAUCUUACAAACAUGAAGAGAGGAGAAACAUCCCCGGACCAACAAGCCAUGGGCCAAGCCGCCAUGGAAUCAGGAGGUGAGGUUGCUUCGACAUCUACCCCCGUCGCCAAGCGCCUUAAGAUGGCGGAAGACGGGAAUGCCGAUGAAGACUCGGAUGAUAAUGACGCUAACAUGGUGGAAGCUAAGAUGCCUGCCGGGAGACUCAAGUCCUUGCCACCCGAAGACGAAGAGGAGCACGACAUCAAGAUGUCCGGUAGAGCAUCCCCCCAAAUGACUGCCGAAGAGGUGGCAGCCGCCAAACCACCUCCACCUCCCCCGCCACCCCCGGAACUCAUGACACAGUCCUUCCCUCAGAGGCUCAUGGAGAUGCUAGAUAAGGAGGUAGUACCGGAUGCCAUGUGGUGGGCAGAAGAGGGAAGAGCAUUUGCUAUGGACCUCAGCAAGUUUGGUGAUGUCUUACACCGACAUUUCCAAGCCACCAAGUAUGCGAGCUUUACCCGAAAACUCAACAAAUGGGGCUUUCGCAAGAUCAACAACAUUGACCCCGACGCUCCCGACAGCGUCGUCCUCUACCGGCACGAACUCUUUCAAAAGGACAAACCUGAUCUGCUCGCCAGCAUGAGCACCAAGAGAAAGAAGAAGGACAAGAGCAAGGAUAAAGACUCCAAGAAACGCAAGGAUGACAGCAACAAGUCAGACGAUGAGUUCGAAAGUGAAGGAGACCUAAAAGCCAGGGACGCAUCCGAAGACACCACCGAUGUGGAACUACAGGUCCAGGCCGUGGAAGACGAGAAGCAAGACCAACCGGAGGAGGAAGAAAAGGCACAUUCCAUGGACUCGCCGCCACAAAGACUGCCUCAUCUGCGGCCCCUCCAAGAGUCGGAGAGCAAGAGUGAAGGAACAUCCGACUUUGUCAGGCAGCAAAUGCAGCAGCAGCUUUCCCUGGCAUCCUCGCUGGCUACCCAUCGUAUCACCGGACAGCACCAGCAGCAACCAACGAUGGUCCCAGAACGACAGGUCGCCGCUCGGCGACGGGAUCCGAGUACUAACCAAAGUCUACUGGAAUCUUGGUUCGCACAAGAGUCAGAGCAACAGCAAGAACAGCAAAGGCUGGAACUGGCUUUGCUUCGUCAACAGCAGGAAAAUCUCGCAAACGAAAUGGUCGCUCAGCGCCAGCUUGCUGCCUCCACGAACCGUCUUCCCUUGCAUCUGGCUUCAUCCAUCAGCUUGGAGGAGCGCCUGGCGGCUCUGCAAGAUCCUGCUCUUCAAGGGAUUCAUCAGCUCACAAGUACCGCAGGUCGGACCAUUCCUCCAGCCAGGUCUCACAGCAUGAAUGAUAUUCCAUCUGCCCUUACACAGGGCGGGAACUACAAUGAGCUUGCUGCCAGACUCCGGCUUCAGCAGGCACAAGCUCAGGCGACUGACAUGACCAUGUCCUUAGGCUUGCCUCCACAAAAUCUAUCGGACCUUAGGGCUGCACUGGAGGCACGAUCACAAGCCGACAUUGCAUCCACACUCCAGCUCCUGGCAUCACCGUCUUCACCAGCGCAGUCUCGUUUGGCCAUGCGAGGCGACACGCUCUCUGGUUUCGACCUUUUGUCACCGAGAAGUGGCGCGGCAGCCACCAGCAAUGCUGCUGCUGGCCUUCAUUCUACCUUGCACCAUUCCAGAAGCUUUCCUGAUACCACAGCCCUACUUCAAAUGCAGCUGCAGAUUGAACAGCAGGCUGGAAUUAGACGGGCGUCUACUUCCAGUGCAGCGUCUCUGUCGGCAGCAGGCGGGGCCCUGGCAGGAGCAGCCGGACUUGGUGGAUCCGCAGGGGCGGCAUCAUUUGCUGGUGCGGCCUCCCUUGCCGGGGCUGGAGGUGCGGCGUCUCUCGCUGGCGCCGCUCGUUCCAACCAGCAUCCUACGGACCAACAGCUGCUGGAGAUUCUGUUGGAGAGGCAACGUUUGCAACAACAGUUGCAGGAAGAACAUCAACGUCGUCAGCAACGAAGGUAGACUCGAAUCGAUGACAACGCCACAGCAGACAAAAGCAACGACUUCGGAGGGGUGAAUUGCGCUUGCAAAUAAAUGAAUUGGCUUGGAAACCCGGGGGCAUUAUUUAAAACGACUGAGGCUUGAUCGGUGUGGCUGGAUGAAUGGGACUUGAGAAGAAUUGGAAGUCGGCAUGGUUCGAACACCGAAUACAUGAUAUCAAAAAAGGGGACUUAAAACAUGCAUGAAAGACUCGACGCAGAAAGAGAACAUAAUAGGACAAUGCUGGCUACCGGCAGCGAGGUGGAUUGGCUCACUGCAUGUCCUGGGGACAAGAAAUGACUGUGGCCUCGUCUGUGCAGACAGACAGACAGAGGUACGGUACGCUAAGGCCACAUAGAUAGAUUAAAAUCUGAAAUAACUCCUUCAAACCGGAAA